AUGCGAGAGGAGGCUAGUGUUAUAUUUGCUGCUCCUGUAAGUUGGUCACAGGUUAAAGGCGGGUGGAUAUGGGAAAGGAUUUGGGAUAGAGGGGAAAAGCCUAUUUCAGUCCAUUUGCAAAACCCUGCAAUCUCUCAAAUUCUUCAUAUCAAUUUUUCUAUAGGUAUAACCUCUUUAGAAUCUUGGGGAAGUUUUGCCAAUUUGGAAGGUUCUCAAUCCAGGAAAAGAAAUCUGGCAAUGGAAGAUAGGUAUAGCUAUUCCAGGAAAAGCAGUGGUGCAUUAUGGAGAUCCUUGAGAGAUGGGGAUUUUGAGGAAGAAGAUGUAUGGGCAGUUUUCAAGGAAAGUAAAGAUUCAACGUUCAAAGUUGGCCAAUCCAUUGAAUCAUUAAGUAUUGCAGUUACUAGACAUCUCCCAAGUGCUGCAAGAAUGAUCCCCAGAUCUUUGUCUGCGAUUAGUGAUGUCGGAAGCUGUUGUUCUAGUUCAACCACUACUCAUGAUGAGACCCAUGGUGUUAAGCAGCAGCAAUCAGCCCAUGUAAACAUCCCUGAUUGGUCAAAGUUUUCUACAAAGAUGGGGAAUGGUUCAUGGCACGGUGAUGACGACGACGACGACAACAAUGAUGAUGAUGAAUAUCAUACCAAGUUUCCACCACAUGAAAUCAUUGCUAAGCGGCUAGCAAGAAGUCAGAUUUCAUCUUUCUCGGUGUUUGAAGGUGUUGGUAGAAAACUCAAAGGGAGGGACUUGAGGAAAGUGAGAAAUGAUGUUUUAACAAAAACAGGUUUCCUUGAAUAAUUUUCAUCAAUGAGACGAAGGUUAAUGCAAUGGAGCCAGUCACAUAAAAGCAAGCAACG